AUGCUGCGCCAGACCUUUGCGCGAAAGGUCAUGCGCCUUCGCUCAGUGAGAGCUCUCACAAGAAGCCUCCACGAUGCCCCGCAAGUGUCCCCGUUGCCGCUUCCCACCCUCUCUGGCACACUCGCCACCCCCGAUACCAGUUCCUUCCCCCUCUACCGCCCGCCACCACGUCUCACUACGGCGCAGGAGCCGCUUCCAGAUAUUGACAGCCUGCCGACCGAAGACGAGAUCAAGCGCAUGAUGAAGGCACAGGUCUCGGAGCGCGCUACUCGUGACCUGCCAGAGUUCAAGGAGGAGGAGCUUCGCGACUUCUACAAGCAGCUCGUCCUGACUGGUGCUCACGAGGACACCGAAGCUGUUGCGCAGAUCGCGGCUCCUGACACUCCGAAAAGGAUUUCGUUCAAGGAGAGGCGGGCUCUUCUCAGCGAGCUGCAGGACCGCCUCAUGGCCUAUGGCGGCGGCGAGGGCGAGGGCGAGGGCAUGUCGAUUAUGCCCGCCUUGCCACCGGGCACACCACAGCACGUCGCUCUCACUGCGGCAUUGAUCAAUGCCGCUCCCCCAGAGGACCCGGACAGCCUGCUCAAUGUCCCCCUCGGUCUGGUGCGCACGUCAGAGUGGCGGGCACUCUUUGAUACGUUUGUAUCCGAGAAGGAUGCAAAGGGUGCCGAAGUGGUCCUCAACAUCAUGACGCGCCACGGUGCCACUACCUCUGUGCUCCAGUAUGAGAAGCUCAUCAAAAUGUACGCCAGCCGAGGACAAACGGCAGACGUGACCCGUCUCAUUGCCGAGUUUGACCAGGUUGGUCUUGAAAUUACCAACUCCCACCGCGACCGUAUCGUCCAGUCCUGCCUGAACAGCUCUGGCGGUGCCGAGUACGCCAUUUCCGUCCUCACCCAGAGCGAGGCACUUGGCACGCCCUUCCCUCAAAGCUCAUACAACAUCAUUCUCUCGCACCUCGUCGACGGUGGCGCCAACGUGUUGCCCAACUCGCACACCCGCGCGUUGGCACUGGACCUCUUCACCCAGAUGCGGUUUGCGGCCCAUCCCACCCCUGACCGCCAAGUCUACAACACCAUCAUCCGCUCGUGCGCCGCUCCCCAGGACCCCCAGCCCGAACGCGCACGCGACCUGUGGCUCGAGAUGACUGGUCCUGGUGGUAUCGAGCCCCGGUGCGAGGAGUACAAUGCCAUCAUCUCUGCUCUGGGCAGCACCAAGAACGACUACCUCGAAGCAUACGAUCUGCUGAGGCAGAUGCUGGGCAAACACCACGAGGCGACGUUUGUGCCGUUUGAGGAGGACGCUGUGCCGCGGUCAUCGCCAUGGGUGCCGACUCUCCAGACAUUUACGGCCUUGUUAGAGGGCACCAAGCGUGCCGGUGACCUGGAACGCGCGCGAUGGGUGCUCAAUCAAGUUGUUGACCUCGCCAAAUCGGCCGCGUUCACUGGUGACAGGAGGCGUAUGGCUGGGCCGGAUGAGGAGCUCCUCUCCAACGUGUUCAUGACGUACGCUGCCUGGGUUGCCCCCAUCAGCCGUGCAAAUGUCCAGCACGCUGUCAAGGGCGCCACCGAGGGCGCCGAGGCAGUGGAGUCGGAGGCAGAUGAACGGCCCGCGGCGGACCACAGUGUCGUCGAGGGCGAGUCGUCCUCGGGUGUGGCUAUGCCCAAGACUAGCGCCGAGGCUCUGCUCGAAGCCACUGUCCUCUUUGAACACGUGGUCAACGACGUCAACCGCAGCGAUCGGAACGUCGUCGACAUCUUGCAAUACCCCUUCGGCAGCGCCAAGCUCACCCCGAAGCUUGUCAACUCGUACAUUUCUGUCAUCCUCCAACACUCGGCGUCCGUUCCCGAUGCCAAGAGGGCAUUUGACAGUGCGUGGGAGCUUGUCUCGCAUGUCAAGCCUGCGCCUCAGGCCAACGGCUGGACCUGGCUCAAUGUCAUGGACCGCGUCUCGCGCGGCAGGAUCCCCCGUGACGAGCGCCCUGCUGCCUACGGCUGGGGAUGGAGCGUGUGGGACCAGUACCGCGAGUGGUCUACCACGACCUUGAAAAAGCUGUCGGACGGCUCGCCCAAGAGUCUCAAGCAGCGUCACGCCCUCGGUCUUGGUGAGCGCCAGAUCGAGAAGAUGUGGGCACAUGCCAUCCGCCUCGCGGCGCUGGAAGACGACACCGACAAGGGCCUCAAGCUGUUGCGCGACUUUGCAACACUCUACCCAGCCGAGGACAUUGUCAGGACGUACACGCCUCAAGUGCGAAACAAGGCCCUCGCCAUCCGCAUGUCCGAGGCCGGAGCCGUCGCCGAGCCCAGUGUCCCUCCCCACCUUCUCUUCGAUGACCUCAAGCUCUUGCACAGCCGCCUCGUUCGCGACGAGCACCGCACAGGUGUCGACUUUGUCAAGUUUGUCAGCACCGCAUACCAGUAUUCUCUGGGGAAACGCCGCCGUUUCCGUGUUCGCGGUGCGGGUGUCGCGCGUACACUCAGGAAGAAGGAGAGGGAGGAGAAGGGCAGGAUUGAGACCAUCAUGUCCGGACACGCGCAGAUAGAAUAG